GGCCGCUUAAGUUUCAUUCCAGCUGGUCCUUGGUCUGUUGAUUCCCCUGUGUCCUCUCCUGGGUGAGGCGUCCGGCCACUCUACAGAAGGGUCAGCCUUGACUGCACCCCAAGGCUGCCUGUGAGAUGUCUGGAACCCGAGGUGGAGGGAACACAAUGCCUGGUGGAGAUCAGGAACCAGGGCGCUACUAUGUGGGCGUGGACGUUGGAACAGGCAGUGUCCGUGCAGCGCUGGUGGACCAGAGGGGCAUCCUUUUGGCUUUUGCAGACCAGCCAAUUCACAAGUGGGAGCCUGAGUUCAACCACCAUGAGCAGUCCUCCGAGGACAUCUGGGCCGCGUGCUGUGUUGUCACAAAGAAAGUUGUACAAGGGAUCGAUUUAAACAGAAUUCGAGGGCUUGGGUUUGAUGCCACGUGUUCUCUGGUGGUUUUGGAUAAGCAGUUUCAGCCUUUACCGGUGAACCAUGAAGGAGAUUCCCAUCGAAACAUCAUCAUGUGGCUGGACCACCGAGCAGUCAGCCAGGUCCACAGGAUCAAUGAAACCAAGCACAGUGUCCUGCAGUACGUGGGUGGGGUGAUGUCUGUGGAAAUGCAGGCCCCGAAGCUUCUGUGGCUAAAAGAGAACUUGAGAGAGACUUGCUGGGAUAAGGCGGGACAUUUCUUUGAUCUCCCAGACUUCUUAUCGUGGAAGGCAACAGGUGUCACAGCACGGUCUCUCUGCUCCCUGGUGUGCAAAUGGACAUACUCAGCAGAGAAAGGAUGGGACGACAGUUUCUGGAAGAUGAUUGGAUUGGAAGACUUCGUUGCAGAUAAUUACAGCAAAAUAGGGAACCAAGUGCUGCCUCCUGGAGUAUCCCUUGGAAACGGGCUCACACCAGAGGCUGCAAGGGACCUCGGCCUUCCUGCUGGCAUUGCGGUGGCAGCCUCCCUUAUUGAUGCCCAUGCAGGAGGACUAGGAGUGAUUGGAGCAGAUGUGAGGGGGCGUGGCCUCGCCUGCGAGGGACAGCCAGUGACGUCACGGCUGGCUGUCAUCUGUGGAACAUCUUCUUGUCACAUGGGGGAAAAUCCCAUGGCGUCUAUUGAACUUGCGAGGGACGUAUUCCAUUCAGAGCACAGGAGGAGCUGGACUGGCCCCAUACCAACAUGGAAGGAGAUCAGCAAAGACCCGAUUUUUGUACCAGGCGUCUGGGGCCCAUAUUUCUCAGCCAUGGUUCCUGAAUUCUGGCUGAAUGAAGGUGGACAGAGUGUUACUGGAAAAUUGAUAGACCACAUGGUGCAGGGCCACGCUGCCUUCCCUGAACUACAAGCCAAGGCCGCAGCCAGAUGCCAGAGCGUAUAUGCGUAUUUGAACAGUCACCUGGAUCUGAUUAAGAAGGCUCAGCCUGUGGGUUUCCUCACUGUUGAUUUACAUGUUUGGCCAGAUUUCCAUGGCAACCGGUCUCCCUUAGCAGAUCUGACACUAAAGGGCAUGGUCACCGGAUUGAAACUGUCUCAGGACCUCGAUGAUCUUGCCAUUCUCUACCUGGCCACAGUUCAAGCCAUUGCUUUCGGGACCCGCCUCAUUAUAGAGGCCAUGCAGGCAGCAGGGCACUCCAUCAGCACUCUUUUCCUGUGUGGAGGCCUGAGCAAGAAUCCCCUUUUUGUGCAAAUGCAUGCAGACAUUACUGGCAUGCCCGUGGUCCUGUCGCAAGAGGUGGAGUCUGUUCUUGUGGGCGCUGCUAUUCUGGGUGCCUGUGCCUCGGGGGAUUUCGCUUCUGUACAGGAGGCGAUGGCAAGAAUGAGCAAGGUUGGGAAAGUCGUGUUUCCCAGACUUGAGGAUAAAAGAUAUUAUGACAAGAAGUAUCGGGUAUUCCUGAAGCUGGUUGAACAUCAGAAGGAGUAUGCGGAGAUCAUGAAAGGGGACUGAACAGAGCUUGCCAGUGCCAAUGCCAGGAGGCUCUGGGGCAUUGCAUCAGGGACCUCUGUCAUUUCAUCUUAUAUUCAAGACCCUUUAGGUAUCAUUUUAUCAUUUCUGUAUUGUCUUUUAAUAAAGAAAACCAAGACAUGUGCAACCAGAACUAGAAGCUUCCGUUUCAAAAUGCCACCAUUAUUUAGUUGGCAGUUUCCGCAAGCACCAAGGUGGAGACAGCCGUUUCACGUAGGGUCAUAGGAGCUCCUUGGAGGUCAUUCAGUUCAGGGGAAACUUGUGCCUGUUCAUCGAUUCAGUGUCAGCCAUGAAAUGAAAGACUUACAUUGCCUUAGGUUGGACAUCUAAUGUUUAUUCUGUAGGUGACUAAAAGCGUGUUGUUAACUUUCAUUUGGAAAUAAUUUCAAACUUUCAGAAAAAUUUCACGAAUAGGAAUUAUACAAGGAACAUCCAAGUACCUAACUUUUACCUUUUAACACAUACUUAAUUUGCUUUAUCAUUUGUAUGUUCUCUCUAUGCAUAUAUAUGUACUUGUAUAUACACACAGAUUUUUUUAUGAGUCAUUUGAGAGUAAAUUUCAGUAGACGUAACUUUUAUAUAGCACUUUUAUUUAACCUGCCAUCAUAUUCCAGCUUUGUCAAUAACUCAAUAAUGUCCUUUUGGAGUACAUUUUUUUCCCCCUCCUGUACAGGACCCAGUCUAGAAUCAGAUGCUGCAUUUAAUUGCAGAACCAUCAUCUUGCAAUCAUCAUAUUAAAGAGAAGCGCAGGCAGGAAUCAUCAAUGGAUUCAAGAGGGAAUUUUGAUGAGUAACAGGAGGUAUGCAUGUUCUUAAAAUGUCUCCUCACGGAUUGUUUAUUCAUUACAAGAGAAAAAAGAAUGUUAAUUAUACAGGGAAGAAAUAGGACAACAUCUUGAUUGGGUGAUCGUAAUUACCUUCAGCUAGGCAGAUGGCCAUCCUGUGCGUCUAGCUGUGAUAGCCUGAGAAGGACACAGCAUCAUUCUGGCUGGGGAUGCAUAGCCCGAAUCUA